AUGAACUGGGGGACCUUUUAUGCCGUGAUCAGCGGCGUAAACAGGCACUCAACCGGCAUCGGACGUGUUUGGCUCUCCGUCAUCUUCAUCUUCCGAAUCCUGGUCCUGGUGGUUGCUGCUGAGAGCGUGUGGGGAGAUGAGAAGUCUGGAUUCACCUGCAACACCCAGCAGCCUGGCUGCAACAGCGUCUGCUACGACCAGUUCUUCCCCAUCUCACAUAUCCGCCUGUGGGCGCUCCAGCUUAUCCUGGUCUCCACCCCCGCGCUGCUGGUGGCCAUGCAUGUGGCUCACCGACGCCACAUCGACAAGAAGAUUCUGAAGAGGACAGGCCACAGCAGCCCCAAGGAGCUGGAACACAUCAAGAACCAGAAGUUUCAGAUCACCGGAGCUCUGUGGUGGACUUACAUGAUCAGUAUCAUCUUCAGAAUCAUAUUUGAGGUGGCUUUUCUCUACGUCUUCUACUUGAUCUACCCUGACUUUAAGAUGGUGCGUUUGGUAAAGUGUGACUCGUAUCCUUGCCCCAACACAGUGGAUUGUUUUGUGUCCAGACCGACAGAAAAGACAAUAUUCACCGUGUUUAUGCUGGCAGUGUCUGGGGUGUGUGUGCUGCUUAACAUGGCUGAGGUGAUAUACCUCAUAGGCAGGGCCUGCAAAAGGUGCCUACGAGGCUCCGAGGAAGAGUCCAAAGCAGCCUGGAUUAGUCAAAGGUUGUCGUCUUAUAGGCAGAAUGAAAUCAAUCAGCUGAUAGCAGACCAUUCUCUUAAGUCCAAGUUCACUGUGACCAAAAAGAGCCCAGCUGAGAAGGGUGAAAGGUGUUCUGCUUUUUGA